CGGGGAUACAUGAAGCGUAAACUCAGAAUGUAAUGCCAAAAAGAUUACAUUUGCCGUUUACACGGUGUAAAAAAGAUUAUAGGUCCACGGAGCAUAAAUCCUAGCGUAAACGCUGUUUGCAAGCGUAAACACGGCUGUCAAACGGUUUGUUUACAUACACAGAAUUACUUCGUGCGAAUCACAUACGAUGGAUUCCACAAAACCAAAGCACAAAUACGAAAAGAUGAACCCUGAGCAAUCAAUCAAAUUGAUUGAGGCUGUACAAAAGAUCCCAUGGCUAUGGAAGAAAGGAAACAAAGAUUAUAACAACAUCAAUAGACAAGAACAAGCAUGGAUUAUAAUAGCAGAAGAGUUAUUGAUCACCGUGGACGAUGCUAAACGCCAGUGGAAGGUCCUGCUGGCUAACUUUCGUGUAUAUAAGGCGAAAGUGAAGAAAAGCCAGGUGACUGGGUCAGGACGCGACGAAAUUUAUAAACCACGUUGGUUCGCCUACGAGUCAAUGCUGUUCAUAAGCGAGUCUUCGGAUGUGGUGAAAAUAGUUGGUGGUGGAUAGUUUGCUAUGUGAUUACGUAUUGAUGCAAGCCGUUCGGACGGUCUAUGGGCAACCGCUACUAAGCUUCGCAACGGCAUUUCUGAUUCACGAUCCAAAUUUCUAGCUAGCGUGGGUUCUGAACGUGCUGGCAUUCUUGUUCGAAGAAAAUUAUGUAGAUAUACCGCUGCAAUGAUGGCUCUUCGAGCUACAUCUGUCGAUACAUAAAUUGGCCUUUUAACUAAUUUGAAGCGGCUCGUAAAGAUACCAAAGGUAUCUUCUACCUGCAUUCGAGCUCGUGAAUGUCGGUAAUUGAAGUUUCUUUCAAUAGAUCUUAGACGUUGUCCUCCAUAGCGACGUAUGCAAUAAUCUGCGAAUGCAAAAGCUUUGUCUCCUAAUAUAAAGUAGGGUACUUCUAUAGUGUAUGGAAUUUUAAGUGGUCCUGCUUCGGGAAUAUCCAACGUCUUAGUUUGUAGCAUACGAUACAGAUUAGAAUUUUUAAAAAUUCCACCGUCGGAAAUGCUACCCUGGCCUCCAACGUCUACGUAAUGAAAUUUAUAGUCCGCAUCAACUAAGGCUAACAAAACCAUGCUGUUGAACUGCUUGUAGUUGAAGUAGGUGGAACCGGCAUUUGUUGGGGCUACAAUAGAUAUAUGCUUCCCAUCUAUAGCACCGAUUGCAUGUGGCAACCCCACUGUUGCUUCCGAACUCUUCUGAAAU